AUGUUUUCUACUCCAGACCUCACCUCCCUUCCCGUGGAGAUACUGCAGCUCAUUCUCGAGCAUACGCAUGCUUCGGGACAUUGGCCUCUUGCCCAGACGUGCAAGCAUGUGUAUCGUCAUUCUCAACACAUCCUCGACCGUCAUCGUGAGGCAUAUCAAAAGUUCCGAAUCAGCUCUGACCUUGACCUAAGAACUGUCCGCCACCUUCUGUCGAGCUGUGUUAGCCACGGCGCAGCUUCUAUUGACGCCUGGCAUGUCAGGGAGUUCGAGGUCUGGGGUGAUAGAGAAAACGGGGAGCCCUGGGAAGUGGACGUUGAUACUGGCGAGGUCCGGGUACCAGAAGGGGGUGAGCCCUGGUUAUUCCCUCGCGACGACAUCGGCUCCUUCUGUCAUGAGUUGUUCAAUGCGAUGGGCUAUUCUCUUGACCAAGAGGGCUUCCAGGCCCAAGUGCGGAGGCAACUCGAAACGGGCGCGGACAGCUGCCUCAAACCCUGCCUGCUGGCCCUCCUACCACGUAUUCGGGCUCUACGUUAUGCACGCGCCGGCGGAGCAGACCACACAAGCUUCAAAUACCUAUGCCGUAUGAUCCACUGGUGUAUGAGUGAGACCCUGCUGCCCGGAUUCAAAGCCCUUGAAAAAGUGUCCUUUGGUAUAUGCGUUGGGCAAGCCGCAGACGGAUAUCCCGAACCUUCCAGGAGGAGCGCCAGCGAGCUCAGUGCUCUUCUAUGCCUUCCAAACUUAUCUGAGUUGUACUUCGCUCAUUUGGAUGGGGCAUUCGAACUUGAUGAUGGCGUCGCACCCUCCUUUCUGUUCGGCCGUCGGCCUCCAUUCAGCAGGUCAUCACCAGUCCGAACUAUUGUCCUCGAUAUGAUGGACGGCCUUAGCGACGAAUUGAUUGAAUUCAUAGCCAGAACCCCCCGCGGCCUUGAAAGCCUCGCCAUCCGACUCUGCCCUGAGGCGACACUCGGGGAUGAGCGCCAUCAGUUGACGGAGGAGCUGCUCAAGUACCAACGCCUCUCUCUCCAGCGGCUUUGCUGGUAUAAUGCGGAUCUCAACGCGGGGUCAACGGUUCCGAACUGGAUGGAUCCAUCUCAUGCCAUCAUGUUUGACGAUCUUCGGGUGGUCAGCCUGGACUUGCUCUAUGUGGAGGGCCUACCACCAGGUAUGCGAGCGAAGGCUAUGACUGAGUUUACCGAGUGCCUUGUACAUCAUCUCCCGGCGCAAAUGGAGGUUGCAGACUUCGACGGAGUAGACUUUUGGGAAGGCGCUUUCACACCCGAUCAGUUUAGUCACAGUAUACUGGAUUAUCUGGAUGAUAUGGUUGAGGCGAUGGUUAGGUCGAAGCGAUACGAGAAACUGAAGGCCAUUUUCCUAAGAGAAGUCCAGGAUCUCGUGUCUGGUGUGCAGCACACGCUUUUUCAUUUCCCCAAAACUAUCAAGGCGGCGAGGCAGAGGGGGAUAUAUCUUCACCUCAAUGGCAGCAAACCCCCCCCUGGGCUCAUCGUCAACGGAGAGUUUGUGCCGAUACCAACAAGAGACUGCAUGGUAACAGCGGUAUUUUCCUCAAGGAACAGAGAACGCUCGCGCCCCACAACUUUCAAACAACUUCAUGGCUUGGAAUGA